UGGUUUCUAGAACACGCAAUUUGGCGUUGCUAAUAUAACCGUGUAGCAUUACAAAACAAUAUCAGAUAUCGUGCGGCAUUUCGCCGACACUGGCAUGGAGUUUUCAUAAGAGAUCCUAAUCAAGCGCAGUGGACGUUUCGUGAACAGAGGAUCCAGCAGCUGCUGGGUGUAAGAUGUUGGCCUCGGGGGACAAAAGAAAUAGCCAAGUAUUUCCAGUUGACGUGGGUAUCUACUUGGGAUGCCGGACGUUCUUCACACGGUAAUGUUUGAUAUAACACCGAUAACGCCGGUAAGUGCAACUAUUCACGUAGAAACCACGAAUUCUUCCAACACAAGAUGGACACAAACAAACCAGCGCAUUUCUCGCGUAGUACGCACUUAACAAUCAUGUAAGUAUAAUUUGGUAAGUAGAUUUUUUAUAUAAACUUUCCGCUUUGCUUCAACCAUUUUCAUCAUCAUUACCAUCAUCAUAUUUGUAUGCUAUUACGAAGAAGGAACUGCCGAUGACGAAACCGGAAUCAGCCGAAUGUAACUGAAAUCAACGACGAGCAAUCAUUACAUGGAAUUAAUAAUUGUUUUUCUUUUUAUAGUUUCAGGCAAUUUGUGGACUACUUGAUAUCUCUCCAGAUCUAAUGAAGAAGUCAUAUUAUGUCUGAAUGAUAACUUUAUCCGGACGCUGAAUGUUGUUAGCAAUACAGAACUGUCUGAUUAUGUCCCAGAGUUCUUUGAUUUCGCUACAGGCAAACGCCAAGUCAGAUCAUAUGUUUAUAAAACUGUAAGACAGUUGAAACGGGCCAAGUCUUAACGCAAUACCAUUUCUAACGCCGUACUAAUUGCAUGUAAGUUAAGACUUGGUUUGUUCCGAGACUACGUUCUAUAAACAUGGAUGUUUACUGUUGGACAUUAUUGAAGUUUUAAGUCUUUCAUUUUGGAUGUUUUCACAUUCUCUCAAGGAAUAGCAUCGCAUUGCUGCAUAAAAUAAUAAUAGUACUUAGCAUGGGCUAUGAUAAAUAAAAAUAGUGUAAACCUUUACACUGUUUACAUCAUACUGACUAUAUGAUGAAACCAAAUUUCCUAAUUCGAGUCCAGACUUGAAGCUUGAGAGCUAAGUCCAGACUUGGAUGUAACCUGCCCAAUCCAGAUUUCACGGUAGACUAAAAUAUUUUUAAGAACAAAUCUAGACAGAAAAGAGGAUAGACAAAAUGUUUCUAAUUAUUGAUAGACAUUGUUUUGUGAUACAUGUACAAAGACUGACAUUUUCAGAUUGUUUUGUUUGGAAUAGCAUUCAUCCGUCACCUUCUCGGUGAUGCUUAAGAUCUUGAUUUUUUACGAGUCUAUACAUUUGCGUUUUGUCAGCGACCACAACGACGAAUCAUCCAGCUACAACAGCCAAUGGCGUCACUCAACGAUCGGACAUCCUCUGCACGCCCACCACCAUGGAGAUCUUCAUCCCCGUCACCAUCCUCCCACGAUACAACGUCACCCUCCGUGACCCACAGUGCCCGGUGAUCUUCAACGGGACCCACCACGUCGCCAGCGUCGGGCUGAGUCAGUGUGGGACCACCAUGCAGUUCACCAAGACCUCUGUCGUGUUCCGGAACCAACUCUCUGCCCGUGUGACUAAUGCUGCCAGAAGCCAGUCCAGCCGCAUCAGUUUCGGCGACGCCGGCGAUCUGUUCAUCCCCGUGGAGUGCGAGUACCCGCGCAGAGCCAACGUCACCAUGUCGUACACCCCGCUCCACGGCAGUCUGAGGAUUUUCGAGAAACGUUUCGGACAUCUACAUUUUCAGAUGAGAGGAUUCUCCGACGAUACGUUCCAGUCGGAAAUACCGAGUACCAGCUUACCGAUGCAAGUGCCUUUGAAUGAGGAGCUUCACGUCAUGCUGUCCAUCGACCCCUCGACUGUAGCCAACAUCGGGAUUUUCGCCGACAGGUGCCUGGCCACCCCCUCGUCUUCACCAAACGACCCCGUGUUCUGGUCGCUGCUUCAAAACGGAUGCUCCAUGCAGCCAGAAGUUCGAGUCCACCGUUCCCCAUCGUUGACCGAGUUUCGAUUCAGCUUCAAUGCUUUCAAGUUCAUGUCCACUGAUCCGUCCGGCUCGCCCAGCCUCGUGUACGUACACUGCCAGGUGUCCGUCUGUCGUCAGCACGACUGCGUCACCUCGUGUCAAGGUCACUCCAGGAGCAGACGGCGUCGAAGUGCUUCGCAUCAUGCGUCUCACCUGGUCUCCACGGGUCCGUUCAUCCUGAUGAAAGACAAUUCUGGAACUGGUUCUUCGCAGUCUUCGAUUCCUCUCUCCCUCGGUGUAGUCGCCAGCUCGUGUGUCGCCGUCGUUGCCUGUUUGGUAGCCGUGGUCGCCACCGUCGCUUGGAAGAGAAGUAAAGGAAAAGAGCGCACGACACAGGAACCUAUCAACUGAAUGCCAAUAGUCACGUGAUUUCGUAUAGGGUCACGUGAUUAAACAGACGGAUAUGGAAUACGAACUUUAAACAAAUACUAUUGCUUCCUUUUCAGAUUUUAAUGAUUAAUAUAGUAUAAGACAUUAUAUAACCCAGAUUAAAGACUUUUUUUUAUUAUGUAGCAUGGAUAUGGGUAUAUUUGAUGGUAAUUUUAAUUGAAAGAUCCCAGUUUGAUUUUAAUAAUUAUAUAGAGCCUAUUUCAUUGGUCUUUUCCAAUACGAUUUUUGUCAACGAGUGAUUUGUGAAAACUAUAUUUUCACGAAUUGCGAAAUGGUAUAUUUAUUGUAUACAUCUUUCCUAAUUUUUGACAAUAUAUUUCGCUUUUGGUAAUUAUAUGCUGUCGAAAAGACGCAACGUCAUUUUAUAGAUCUAUUUGUUUCGGUGGAAAUUUUUCUCAAAAUUUACUUGACCAUGGACUUUUUAAAAUUACCAUUAUUAUUAAAUUAGACAUUAUUUAAUAAUACAGCUGUAAAAGCAUACCUGAUCAGUUCAAAAGAACCCCAACAAAAAUAAAACUUGAACGCGAAGUACAAUUUUAACUUACACUUGUGUCACCAUUAUUUGGCUUCGUAUUCAGUUUCAGACAUUUUAUCGACAUUACGUUUCACGUACAAUUUUUAUAAGUACUGUUGUUGCAUUUUUUUUUCAAAUACGAUCAGUUGCAUUUGACCUCGAUAAUCAGAUCGUAAUAAGUUACAUGGGAGAUAAUUGAAUCAUGAACGUGUUCACAAAACAAAAAUAAAUAUAAAUAUGAUUUCCAUAUUUUCACAGUAACUAAAAUACAGUAAAAAGAUUACUUUUCACAGAAUAUCACUUGUAUGAUUUCAUUAGAUCUACAAUGUAUAUAUUUAAUUAUAUAGUAUUAGUAUAAUAAUACUAAGUGUGUAAUCAGAUGUGUUCACUGUAUAAUAUUGCAUAUUGUUAUUGAAUAUCAUGCAAAAAUUAUAAUACAAAAUCAUACGUGUUUUAAUAGUUCAUAAAAUUGUGUAAUAUAAAAUGCAAUUAAAAUAAAAAUAAAAAUGCAUUAAAUCUG